AUGGCAGGGGACCUCAUGGUUGGGAUGCUCUAUAACUUAUUACUACCACUGCUCCUGCUGACUGCCUCUUUGUUCCGCUACAAUGGUCUGUCAGUGGUGUAUUUCCUUUUUUUGCUCACCUUGCCGCUGCUGCCGAACCCAAGCCUGGUCACUAUGAAAGGUAAAACCGGUCAGUUCUUGCGGCUGAUCAUCUAUACUAGUUUGACAUUCCUGGCCCUGCAGUGCUUCAUGCAGAUCCCCUUCGCCUACAUCCCUCCACAUGUUAGUGGCCACUGGGAAGAUGUCCUCUACCAUUUGGGCAUUAUAAGAUUCAGCUCGGUUGAUGCUGGGAACAUUGUGCGUCUCCUGGCCCCAGAUGUGGGCCUCCUCUUCUCUUCCCUCUUCAUACUGAGGCUGUGCAAAAAACGACUGCGCCCUGAGCCCCAAGUCAGCCUGCAUGAGAACGGAAUACCGCCUUCUGACCCCGAGGAAGUGGAAAUCUCUCAAACAGAAUCUGAGGGAGAAAGUGACACAGAGGGCUCGUCCUUUGACAGCUCAGAUGAGACUACGGUGCCGGUUCAGUCGAGUCCGCCCCAGUUUGUCCAGAAGCUGAUAGUGUUUGCAGCCGGACUGCGGCUGCUGAUGUCAGCAAUCAUGAACACAGCAGGGAAAGUGGUGGUGACUUUACUGCUGGGGCUGGCAGGUGUGUGGUACACAGGUAUCACGCUGCCAUCCCUCACCUCAGGUGUGUAUUUUGGAGUGUUUCUCGGGCUGGUGUGGUGGUGGGUGUUCAGCCGCUCCAUCAGCCUGUUGCUCUUCAGCUCCCUGUGUGUGAUGAUGGCCAUCUUCAGCGGAGGACACCUGCUGGCUCUGUACCUCUACCAGCUGCCUCUGUCCCAGCAGCUUGUGCCGCCAGAAGAUGUCUAUGCCAGGUUGUUUGGUAUGACAGGAGUGGUCAGAACCAACAGCUCAGACCUACACACUCUUGGUCUGCACCCACACGUCAGCUGGCCUGACUUCAUCAACCCUUUUGUUCUGCUGCUGCUCUACUACACACUGUUGGCUCUGCUGCACAAAUGGGUCCAUAUCACGGAGGAGGAUACUGUUGUUGAUGAUGAUGAGGAGGAGUGUGAGAGUCCAGUAGAAAGUCCAGAUGCUCCUCCAAGUUUCUCCAGGGUCAUCUACAUCUCAGGAGAUAAGCAGGAGCUUCUGAGCAGCACGGAUGAUGACACCUAUCUAGCUGAUGAGCCAAUGAUUUUAAUAGCGGGGAGUUCCUGGCAAGAUGUCCAUAGAAAUCAACUGGGAUCUCUGUUAGGAGGCGCAGGGUACACAAACUGUUACCCUCCACCACAGUAUGAAGGCGAAGACUCUCCAUCACAUGAGACAGAAAGUGAGGGAGAAAUGGGGGGAAAGUGUGAAGAUGACCUGAAGACUCUAACAGAGACUUCGCCUCCCCCCUCAGGCCCGAGUGGCUUGGUCAUCUUUGGACGUCUGGUGCAAAAACACAGCUAUGUCAGCGCCCUUAUCAUCAUGAUGGUGUAG